GUCUUUGACUAGAGAUUUGGAGAUGGCGCUUAGAGGUGUGUGGCAGCUACAGAAGCUCGUAGUGAGUUACUGUAAUUGGGGAGGAAGCAGCAGAGGCAUAAGAGCCUUUAUGGAAUCAGAGUUGCCUUCGCUGAUAGAGAAGAAUCCACAGCUCGAAGUGGUGACGGAGCUUUCAAGGGGACAACAUCCUUACCUCAAGGGCAUUUACAGGAAUAGAAAUGAAAGAGUGGUGUGUGUGAAGAACAUGGAUCCUGAACAAGUGCUUUUGAAUGCAACGAGGCUUAGGAACUCUCUUGGAAGAAAAGUUGUGAAGCUUAGGACAAGGCAUGUGACCAAACACCCUAGUGUUCAAGGCACUUGGACUACCGCUGUCAAAUUCUGACAAACUUUUGCCCUCUUGUGUUUCUUGUAGCUCUGUGGCUCGAUUGUUGCAAGUUCUAUAUAGAUUGUUUAUCUAUAUUUGCAAACCCCAAGUUAUGUUGUUUCUACUACUGUCACUUAAUCUUGUCUUCUCUUUCAGUUGAGUUGAUAAUAAGGUUUAUUGGUUAAAAUUCAUUUUGC